AUGACGGAAACAAAAGUUCAAUGCAGCAAACCAGAAAUUUUCGUUUACGACAAAAUUAAACAAGAAAUAACUUUAAUCGAGGUUGGCAUCACUUCACAAAACCGCGUCAAACAAGUCGAAAUCGAGAAAUUUCGUAAAUAUGAUCUGCUUGCAAACCAACUUUCGAUACUUUAUGAUGCAAAGGUAAAGAUUAUCCCGGUUGUCUUGACGUGGGAUGGCGUUGUUUCGAGAUACUUCAAAAACUAUAUGGACAAAUUAUCUAUUGAAAAAGCCACAAAAACUUACAUUCAGUCUGUUGUCCUAAAAAGGACUCUAGAAUGCAUGGCAGUUGAGCACAGAUAUGGAGUGAGCUGA